AUGUUUAUAAAGUUUUGCUGUAUAUUUGUUUUUUCAUUGCUAGAUGCUAUUCUCAUUGUCAAUGGACAGAAUUUUGGCUCACUAUUGAAUAUUCUCCAAAAUUCCCACAGUCAUAACAAGCAGCACGUGAAAUUUGAGUUCAACAGCGAGCACACAGAAGAUUCUUCGUUACAGAUCACAUAUCUCGAUUUCAACAAUCUGCCCCCAAAUGUUCUGGGAAUUCUCGGCGAAAACAAAAAUGCCUUUGUAUCGUUUGGACAAAAAUUCAAAAAGAAGAUCAACGCAAAAGCAGCUGAAUCAGCAGCAAGCAAUUUUGUCUCAAACAAUGAUUUUCUAAAAGAUUUAACGGGAGAAGGGCUGGGAUUCAAAGUCUCAAUGCAUCCGUACAUGCAUAUGGGAGUGGAUGAGUUGAAAAAGUUGUUUAUACCGUCUGACAAAGAAAUCGGUGAGAUCUCGGAGGAAACGGAAGAAACGGGAGAAACGGAAGAAGGUGGAGAUUACGAAGAAGGUGGUGAAGAGGAAGACACAGAGACAACAACGAAAGAAAGUGACGAGUUACCGACAAGCUUUGAUUGGAGAGAUAUGGGAGUUGUGCCAAGAAUUCGAGAUCAAGGUGAUUGUGGAAGUUGUUGGGCAUUCAGUGCAGCUGCAGUACUUGAGAUCCAGUACGCAAGACGGAAUCUCGCGUUUCAGAAAACGAAAAUUGACCUCGCUGAACAGCAACUUGCUUGCAUGGAAGGCUAUGAGAACACAAUUUGUGACGGUGGAUGGCCGAUUGAGGCUUUCAAAUACAUCAAAAAGAAUGGUAUCGGUUUGGAGACAAGCUCGCCGUAUGACCCAGAGAAUAGGGAAUGCAGAAAAUCCACUCCAAAGAUCCGAGUGAAAUCGACAAAAAGAUUGGUGCCAGUUGAUGAUAUUGAAACGGUGAAACGAGCACUUUAUGAUGAUGGACCGAUUGCUGUUGGAAUCUUGGCCAACAACAAGUUCAUGUACUAUGAUGGGGGAAUUUUUGAUGCGACAUGUGAUGGGGAGAAAGAAGAAGAUUUAGGAAAUCAUGCGAUGGUGAUGGUUGGAUGGGGUGAAGAAGAUGGCCGUCAAUAUUGGCUCAUUCGGAACUCGUAUGGAGAGGAAUGGGGAGAAAAUGGAUACAUUCGGUUCUUAGCCGGUGAGGAUCUUUGCCAAGUUGAAUCAGGUUCACUUGAUCAAGCACAAAUUGUA